AUGUCAGGACAACCAGCACCAUCUAAUGAUCUCGUCAGAUUGAAUAAUACUCUGGUUGAUACACUCUUGAAAUCACAGGAUGAAAUCAAGGUGUUGAAACAGUCUAUCGAAGGCCUGGCAAAGGAAAAGCAACAAUUGGCCGAUCGUUUCACACAGCUAUUGAAAAGUUCAGAUGGUAACACUGCCAUCAAAGCAGAGUUUAUCGAUGAACUUAGUAAAUCGACUGGUCACGUCGAUGAGACCAAUGGAAACGGUGUCGUUUCUCUUGCAGACACUCCACAGCAGUCGCAGUCAUCGUCAGAGGAAGUCGAGAGACUCUCCAAGCAGCUAGAGGAAUCAGAGAAGGAGAUCGAUCGAUUGAAAUAUGAAAUGGGCAAGUUGAACACUGCAGUAGUCAAUCAACAGAAUCACGCAGAAACAAUCAAGACAUUCCAGUUCAAAGAGGAGCAACUCGUCAUGCAAAACCAAUCGUUACAAGAGGCACUCGACGAGCAGAAUCAAUUGGCUUUGAAAUUGCGUGAGCAGUUCCUUGCUGAGAAGGAGAAGUUGGUCACCAAGAUUGGCGAGUUGGACAAUCAGAUCCAAGAGACACAACGUGGCGAUCUACUCAAAGAACAAGAACUGCUGUUACUCCACGCCAGAAUCGAGGAGAAGGAUCAGGAGAUCAAGAAGUUGCAAGAGAAGCUCGAUCAAUUGGAAAAGAGUGCUGAGGAACAGGCUACUCUUUCGCCAAAGUCCGAUGAGUUGGUCCGUCUUGAAGAGGAAAACAAACAUCUCCAAGAGAAGCUAGAGCAAAAGCUGCAAGGACAAACCGAGCAAAUCGGACAGUUGCAACAAGAUAACCAAGAGUUGAUAAGCAAGUUGGAAGGUCUUACCAAGUUGGAGCAAGAGAACAAAUCUUUGUUGCAGCAGAUAGAGCAACACACCUCUUCGACCGAUGAGAAUGUCACUCGUUUGGAACAAGAAAAGUUGGAGUUGUCCAAUACCAACAACGAAAGAAUCAAGACACUCGAGGAGGAGAAUAAGAUCUUCCAGAUGCGUGUAGAUGAAACCGAGAAUAAAUUCAAAGAUAUCAUUAGCUUGUUGGAAGAGGAAAAUAAAACACUGCAGGACAAGGUGGCGAGCACCGAUUCCCAGCAGAAUGAAAAAGUGACAGAGUUGGAGCAGGCCAACAAACAACUCGCCGAGAGAAUUGCAUUGGCCGAGACAGAGAGUGGCGACAAACAUUCAAAGCUCGAGGAGGAAAACAAGUCAUUGCAGAGUAAGAUUAGCGAUUUGGAAUCGAAGCAAGUCGAUCCAUCAAAGUUAGAGGAAAUGCAACAGGCCAACGAGAAGUUGCAAUCAGAGUUGGAAAAGAUCAAUACAGAGCACAAGUCACUCACCGAGAAGAUGGAGCAAUCCAACAACAGCGAGAAUGAAAGAGUUUCUAAAUUGGAGCAAGAUAACCAAUCGUUGCAAAGCCAGUUGGAGACAGUCAACAGCGAGAAUGCCGAGAAACUGUCGAAAUUGGAGGCAGACAACCAAUCGCUAUCGGAGAAACUAGAGCAGUUGGCUAGUUCACAGACAGAGAAGACCGGUCAACUCGAGACUGAGAAUCAACAGUUGAAAGAGCAACUCGAACAAACUGGAAAUGAAUAUAAACAAAAGAUUGAAACUAUCGCCCAGUUGGAGGAAUCAAACAGAGAACUCAGUGAAAAGCUAAGUGGACUCAACGAUGAGUCCGUACAGAAUAUGGCAAAGGCAGAGCAAGAGAACAAUAAAUUGAAGGAACAGAUUGUUUCGGCAACCGAUGAACUCAAUCAACUCAGAGAGAAGCAAGCGGCAUUCGAAUUGGAGAAUCAACAGUUGAAAGAAAACUCUGACAAGUUAAAAGCAUUACAAGAGCAAUAUGAUUCAAUGAAGGCAGAGUUUGAAGCAUUCAAGAAUUCUUCAGCAUCAGCCAACACUAAUAUUGAACAACCAACACCACAACAACAACCUACUUCCAGCUCAUUAGAUGAGCUUGUCGAUCUCGACUUUUCAAGUAAUCCAUCAACUACUACUUCCACAGUAACUGAAGAGUUGAAACCAGAACAAGUUGAAGAUGAAGAAAAGGAAGAGGAAAAGGAUGAAAAAAAGGAAGAGGAAAAAGAAGAGGAUAAAGAAGAAAAAGAAACUACCACCACCGAACCAGCUCAAGUCGACAACGAAGAAGAAGAAGAAGAAGAAGAAAUGGAAGAAAUCUAUUAA